AGGCGCCCAUGAGCUUUGCUCGGUCUUCUUAAGGCACUGCACACCUAGGAGCUGCUUCCCGACGGUGCGGUGCAGCGCAGCAGCACAGGGGCCCAGCGUUCCUGCCGCGCAGCCCCACUGUCGCGGGUGCCCUCCCUCGGGGCUGAUCAUUAACUCAAAAGCAGUAUAAGGAGUGAGUGGCCCCGGUGAGCCUGUGAGCCGAGAGGGACUCGUCGCCACCGCCAUGGACAGUAGCACCUUGAGCCCCGCGGUUACUGCCACCGAUGAACCCAUCCCGUCCUACGAGCGCAUUCGCAAUGCGGCUGACAUCUCAGUCAUCGUCAUCUACUUCGUGGUGGUGAUGGCUGUCGGGCUGUGGGCCAUGUUUUCCACUAAUCGUGGUACGGUUGGAGGCUUCUUCCUGGCAGGCCGAAGUAUGGUGUGGUGGCCGAUUGGAGCCUCUCUCUUUGCCAGUAACAUUGGAAGUGGUCACUUUGUGGGACUGGCGGGCACAGGAGCAGCCGCAGGCAUUGCCAUGGGUGGCUUUGAAUGGAACGCCUUGGUUUUGGUGGUUGUGCUGGGCUGGAUAUUUGUCCCGAUUUACAUCAAGGCUGGGGUGGUGACGAUGCCGGAGUAUCUGCGGAAGCGGUUUGGAGGCAAGAGAAUCCAGAUCUACCUUUCCGUUCUGUCCCUGCUCCUCUACAUCUUCACAAAGAUCUCUGCAGACAUCUUCUCCGGGGCUAUAUUCAUCAAUCUAGCCUUGGGCCUGGAUAUAUACUUGGCCAUUUUCAUCCUGCUAGCAAUCACUGCCCUUUAUACAAUCACAGGGGGGCUGGCAGCUGUAAUUUACACAGAUACCCUGCAGACCGCGAUCAUGCUGGUGGGGUCUUUUAUCCUGACUGGGUUUGCUUUCAAUGAAGUAGGAGGGUAUGAAGCCUUCAUGGACAAGUACAUGAAAGCUAUUCCAACUAAGGUUUCUGACGGAAAUUUUACCGUCAAGGAAGAAUGCUACACACCGAGGGCUGACUCGUUCCACAUAUUCAGAGACCCCAUUACUGGAGACAUGCCGUGGCCUGGGCUCAUUUUUGGCCUGGCCAUCCUCGCUCUGUGGUACUGGUGUACAGAUCAGGUCAUUGUGCAGCGAUGCCUCUCAGCCAAGAACAUGUCUCACGUGAAGGCUGGCUGUACCCUGUGUGGCUAUCUGAAGCUACUGCCCAUGUUCCUCAUGGUGAUGCCAGGAAUGAUCAGCCGGAUUCUAUACACAGAAAAAAUCGCCUGUGUCCUCCCUGAGGAAUGUAAGAAAUACUGCGGCACGCCAGUGGGCUGUACCAACAUCGCCUAUCCCACGCUGGUGGUGGAGCUCAUGCCUAAUGGACUGCGAGGCCUGAUGCUGUCUGUCAUGAUGGCUUCCCUCAUGAGCUCCUUGACCUCCAUCUUCAACAGCGCCAGUACUCUCUUCACCAUGGACAUCUACACCAAGAUCCGGAAGAAGGCAUCUGAGAAGGAGCUCAUGAUUGCAGGAAGGUUGUUCAUCCUUGUGCUGAUUGGCAUCAGCAUCGCCUGGGUACCCAUUGUACAGUCUGCUCAAAGUGGGCAGCUCUUUGAUUACAUCCAGUCUAUCACCAGUUACCUGGGGCCGCCCAUUGCAGCUGUCUUCCUGCUUGCCAUUUUCUGCAAGAGAGUCAAUGAACAAGGAGCCUUCUGGGGACUGAUCCUGGGCUUCCUGAUUGGAAUCUCCCGUAUGAUCACUGAGUUUGCCUAUGGAACUGGGAGCUGCAUGGAGCCAAGCAACUGCCCCAAGAUCAUCUGUGGGGUCCACUAUCUGUACUUUGCCAUCAUCCUCUUCGCCAUCAGCGUCAUCACCAUCUUGAUCAUCUCCUUCCUCACCAAGCCCAUUCCAGACGUGCAUCUGUACCGUCUGUGCUGGAGUCUACGCAACAGCAAGGAAGAGCGCAUCGACCUGGAUGCAGGAGAGGAGGAGGACAUCCCAGAGGACUCCAAGGACACAAUUGAAAUAGACACAGAAGCCCCCCAGAAGGAGAAAGGAUGCUUCAGGAGAGCAUAUGACCUGUUCUGUGGGCUGGACCAGGAUAAAGGACCAAAGAUGACUAAGGAGGAGGAGGAAGCCAUGAAGAUGAAGAUGACAGACACUUCCGAGAAGCCUUUGUGGAGGACAGUGGUGAACAUCAACGGUAUUAUCCUGCUGGCGGUGGCUGUCUUCUGCCACGCCUAUUUUGCCUGAGCCCUGCCUUCUGGUGUAGACUCGGCAACUCUAGCAUUGUUCUCCCCCUUUUGACCCACUCUGUAUUGGCAAGGGGAAGAUGUCCACUUGUAAAUUUCACGCAUUCGGAUAAAAGGUGUAUAAGUGUGAUUAUAGGCUUGCUGGAGGAAAGUGAUUACAUUGCUGUGAACUUAUGCAUUUGAAGCCAGUGUGCCACACUCAUCUACCAUGCCAGAGCUUUAGAAGUGAAGUUGACUCAGAUAUAGGAAAAGUCAUGCCAAGACACAGAAGGCCUGUGUUGUCGAUGUCAUUCUGUCUCAGGUACAUCCAGCUUGUAAUUAUUGUUUAUAAUCCUUAAAUACUAUUUUUAAAAAUUGUA